AUGGCCGGUGUACUGUUUGAAGAUAUAUUUAACGUUAAAGAUAUUGAUCCCGAGGGAAAGAAAUUCGACAGAGUUAGCCGCUUACACUGUGAAUCAGAGUCUUUCAAAAUGGACCUUAUUUUAGACGUCAAUUCUUGGAUUUAUCCAAUGGAACUCGGUGAUAAGUUUAGAUUGGUGCUUGCUACAACUCUCAGAGAGAACGGGUAUCCCGACGGAGGAGAAUGGAACCCUCUAGAAACGGAAGGAAACCGCGCCGACAGUUUUGAAUAUGUCAUGUCUGGGAAAGUUUAUAGGAUAGAAGGUGAUGAAGCAGCUAUGGAGCCAGCCUCACGGUUAGCUGCAUAUGUUUCAUUUGGGGGUCUUCUAAUGCGUCUCCAAGGUGACGCUAACAACUUACACGGCUUUGAAGUGGAUCAGCACAUGUACCUGUUAAUGAAAAAGUUAGCCUUCUAG